AUGGUGUCGCUGGUCCCGCCGUCGCUCGCCGGCUCGGCCCAGGUGGCGCCGGCGCGCGACGGCGACGCGUCGCCGGCGCCGCGACCAAAAACCAAGGCGGCGUCGCGCGUCGUCGGGCGCGUGCUCGGCGUCGCGGCGCUGGGCAGCGCGCUGCUCUUCUACGGCGCGGUGAGCGCCUGGACUUCCGACGGGUCGCGGAGCUUCGACGCCGGCGCCGGCGCGCUGCUGGGCCUCGCCUGCGCCGCGGUGCCCUACAGCGCCGUGGGACUGCUCGUCGCGUACGGUCCCCAAACGUUCGACGCGCGGAACCGCGCGGGCUUCUGCGUCGCCGUCGUCGCGCCGGCGCUGGUGGUGGUCGGUUUGGUGGUGCCCGUGCUGGCCAUGAGGCGGAGCGCGGGCGAGGCGCGGGACCUGGGCGCCUUCUUCGGCAUGUUCGCCGUCGUCCUCGCGGGUUUCGCGACGCACGGGACGUGGUACUUGGUCGCGCGCGCGAACGCGUCGCCGCUCGUGCCGCCGGCGGCGGCGGGCAUGUUGGGGACAUUGGUGUGCGUCCUCGUGCUCUUCCCGCUGGGCGUCGCGCUGCCCCUGGUCGCGUUCCGCAAGGGCGGCGCGGCGGGCGCGAAGGCCGUCGCGGGCCUCGACGGUUCCAAGGCCGCGCCGCCGCCGGGCGUCGCGGCCUGCGUGCUGCCGCCCCUGGCCUGCGUUUUGGUGUUGAGCCACCCCGUGCUGAGGGUCGCCGUGCUGGGCUGGCCCCUCCGGGGGAAGGGGUGGUGCCGGCCGCCGUUCGCGGCCCUCGACGCCGCGCUCUUCUCGUGCCUCGCGGGCGCCGCGGCGCUCUGCGCGCUGCGGAGCCCGCCGUCCCAGCGCGGCGCCGUGGCGCUCCUCGUCGUGGCCACGGCGGGCGUGACCUACGCGGCCGCGGCGCUCGCGGGCCGCGGCGACGGCGCCGAGGCGGCGUGGCGGCGCGCGACGCGGCUUCUGGCGCCCCUCUUCUUCGGCGGCCUGGCCUGCGUGGAACUCGGCCGGCGCCGGGCCGCCUACGCGCCCCUGGGGCGGGCCCUCUUCGGCGCCUUCGGGGCGCUGCUGCUCGCGGCGCUCGCCGCGGAGCGCUACCGCCGCGAGCCCGCGAGCCGCCGCGUCCGCGCGGCGACGCGCGCCGUCGCGCUCGCGGCCCUGCCCUGGUGGGCGGCGACGGUCGCGGACGGCGGCGGCGCGCUGGGCUACGCCGCGGUCGCGUCCGCGGCCGUGCCCCUCGCGGCGGCCGCGGCGGACGCGUGGGCCGCGCGGCGCGAGUCCGCGCCGCCGGCGCCGCCGCGCGCGGACGCGCUCCGCGUGGCGCCCCACGCGCUCCUCGUCUUCGUGCUCUGCUACGUCGGCGUCGUCCUCUUCCAGACGCGGCUCCGGGCCGGCGGCCGCGGCUUCUUCGGCGCGCUCGUAUGCGUCGCGCCGCUCGCGACGUGGGCGGGCCUCGAGGAGGCCGCGCGGCGCGAGCGCGAGCCCGCGCGGCGCCUCCUGAAGCCGCCGAAGACGCUGCAGGAGCGCGCCCUGUCCGCGUGCUGGUGCCCGGGCGUCGCCGUCGUCGCCUGGCUGUUCGUCGCCGGGCGCCGCGGCGACCUGCUGAAGCUCGACCGGUCCCUGAGCGGCGAGCUCCAGGCCGCGGCGCUCUGCCUCGUCGCGGCCGCGCCGGCCUGCGCGGCGGCCUGGGACGCGGCCUUCCUCGGCGCGGCGCUCUGGCGCGGCGGCGCGGCGGCGGCGGGGCGGCGCGCGGCGCUCGACAACCUCGCGUACUACGCGGCGCUGCUGCGCGACGGCGCCGCGGACGGCGGCGACGACGGCGCCGCGGGCGACGACGCCGCGCCCGCGCGGUCGCUCUACGACCGCUGGUGCGGCGCGGACGUGUCCGCGGACGAGGCCGGGCCCUUCUUCUCGACGAUGGUCUGCUGCCUCGUGCUCGUGCCCUUUGGCGUGCUCGGGCCCUUGUUCUUCUUAGCGAAGGCGGACCGCGUGCCCCUCGUGUCCAAGUCGCAGCUCAUGGGCGCGCUCGUCGCCGCGGUCUUCGCGCUCGUGCUGAUUCUCACGACCGCGGCGAACGCGUCCAUGGACCGGCUGAAGAACGAGGCGCGGGCGAAGGUCGCCGCCUACGACCUGCGAUUGGCGCUGCGCGCGGAGCGCGUCGUCGCGAACCCGGCCGUCGCGCGGCUGCUGGUCGAGGCGCGGGACCACCACGCGGCCGGCGCCGAGGCCGCGUUCCGCCGGGACCGGCCCGCGCGGCGCCGGGCGACGCUCGGCGACCACGCGGCGCGGCGCGUCGCCGACGCGGCCGACGCGGCGCUGCGGGAGGACCUGCGACGGGCGGCGGCGCGCCACGGCGCGCUCGCGGACGCCGCGGAGCGCCGCGUCGCCGCGGCCGCCGUCGAGGCCGCGUCGGACGCGGGGAAGAAGGACGAGCGGCACGACCGCUUCUCCGCGCGCGUGACCCAGGUCCUGGCCUGGGGCGACCGCGAGAUUCACCGCGAGAAGGGCAAGCUCCAGGCCUGGGGCGACCAGGUCUCCACGCGGCUGCUGCGCCACCCGUCGUCGCCCCGCGACCGGCCGAGCUCGGCCGGUCGAAGGCCCGCGCCCGCGCCGGCCGACGACGACUACGCGAAGGCGCUCGAGCAGCGGCCCGGCGACGAGUCGCUCGUGUUCUGGCGGAGGACGAAGCGCGAGCCGUCGUGCAUGGACCUCGAGCCCUUUGGCAAGAUCCGCAACGAGGUCAGGCGGAAGCACGACCAGAGGGUCGCCGAGGCCGCGGCCGCGGCGCGGAAGGCGCGCGAGGCCCGCGGCGCCGCGCCGUCGCCGGACCGGCCCACCGCGCGCGCGGCCGUCGCGCGCGCCGUCGAGCUGCUGCCCGACGAGGCCGCGCUGAGCCUCGAGGCGCCGCCCUGGCUCCGGGACAGGUUCCGCCGCUGCGGCGCGUGCCUCGGACGCGCGCGCGACGACGACGUUUCGGACGACGCGGCGGUGACGCCCGCGCGGCGGCGGCGGCGCUUCGAGGCCGGCGACGCCGCGGGGUGCGCGGCCGCGCGGACGGCCGCGCGCGGCGCCGUCGCCGCGGCCUGCGACGUCUUCGCGCGCGCGGCGUUCCCUGGCGCGCCCGCGGCGGCCGCGCGCCGGGCCGUCGACGACGUCGAGCGCGCGCUCGACGACGAGCUCCGGGGCGGCGGGCGGCGAGCCGCGGAGGCGCUCGACGCGCUCGAGGCGCGCGCGGUCGCGCUCGCGCGGUGGCGCCUCGUGCGCGACGGCGUGCCCCUGCUCGUCGAGCGGCGCUGGCGCCUCGCGCCGCCGACGAAGGCGGCGACGGCCGCGUACCGGGCGGGCCUGCUGCCGCGCGCGUUCGCCGGCCGCGCGCGCGCGAACGGCGGCGCCGCCAUGCGCGCCGGCGACUGGCGCGGCUUCCUCGAGGACGCGGGCGUGCUCGGCGACGGCGGGCCCCGGGCGCUGGGCGAGCUCAAGGCCGACCUCAUCUUCACGUCCCUCGCGCGCGACGCGGACGGCGACGACGCGCGCGCGGACAAGGUCCUGGGCUACGGCCAGUUCCGCCAGGCCAUGCGCCAGGCGGCCGUCGCGCUCUACCCCCAGCUCCCGGAGGCCGACGCGCUCAAGCUUUUGGGCCAGAAGCACAUCUUCCCGAAAGCGACGCUGGCGCCCGAGGCCGCCGCGCGGCAGGCGGGCGUGCUCGCGGGCGGCGGGCCGGGGAGGCCGCCGCGGCUCCUCGACGUGCUCCGCCGCGACGGCGGCGUGCCCCGGGGCGGCGCGGCCCUCGCGGCGUCCCAGCACGCCCUCCGCGCCGCGCGCGACGCCGCCGGUGAAACAAUGGGCGAGGUGCGGCGCGGCGACCAGCACGGCGCGGCGGCGUCGCGCGCGGGCGCGGCGUUCGGCGCGGCGUCGCGCGAGGCCCGCGCCAAGUUCCGGGCCGCGCGCGAGCGGACGCGGGCGGCCGUGAAGCUCAGCGACGCGGAGCGCGCGGGCGGCGACGACUCCAGCGACGACGAGGCCGUCGCGAUCCACGACGCCGUCGCGGACGCGGAGCGCGCGAUCGCCGAGGAGACGGCGACGAAGCAACGGCGGCGGCUCUGCUCCCUCGCGCGGCUCAAGGCGUCGCUGCUGGAGGCGCUCGAGGGCGCGGACGCGCCGGACGCGACGGCCCAGGAGCUCGCGCUCCUGAAAGCCGGCGCGGCCGCGCACGACGCCGCGGCCGACGCCGACGCGGCCGCGGCGCCGCCGUCGGACUGGCACCGCAUCGUCGACGUCGCCGCGGCGAGCCUGCGGCGGUCCGCGGACGCCGCGGCGGCGGCCGAGCGGAGCCACGCGGCGCGGCGGUCCGUGAAGGUCACGCGGAACGUCGACAACGGCUUCGCGUUCCUGGACCUCUUCAUCGAGGUCGCCACGUUCUGCUCCGUGGGCCUCAAGGGCGCCGGGGGCUUCGCCUGGGGCACGGUGCGCCGCUGCGAGUUCGACCCGCGGGGCUGCGCGCCGCCGGAGACCGCGGGCCAGGCGCGGCGGACGCGGCUGAGCCGCCUCGCGUCGCUGCCCCUCAUGACGCUCGACAGCGUCGACGCGUCCCAGGCCUUCUGGGUCUGCGCGGGCCUGUGCCUGAUCACGCCGCCCUACCUGCUCCGGGCCGUGAGGCAGGCGCGCGCGCAGACCGUCGGUCUCGGGCCCGGCGGCGCGAAGCUCAAGCUGUUCAGCCUGCCCUGGUGCUACUUCCAGGGCAUCAAGGUCUUCGCCGCGGGCCUGGCGCCCGUCAUGACGACGCUCUUCUCCGCGCUCGUCUGCGACACCUGCGAGCCGUCGCCGCGGUUCCUGAGCCGCAUCGCCGCCGUGCGCUGCGCGUCGCGGACGCACGCGGUCUACGUCGCCGCGGCGCUCGCGGGCAUCCUGUGCUACUACCCGCUCCUCACCUACGUCCAGCCCCAGCUCCAGUUCAAGUCCAAGGCGCUGGACCUCAAGUUCGAGCCCACGUAUCUGACGAACUCCCUAUCUCGAUCAAAUCGACGUCGCUUCGGCUGA